AAUCAAAAAACUGCCCCAAACCCAAAGAAAGAUCUCUUUGCCACAAAGAAAUUUGUGGCUGAAAUUUCAUUCCCCUGCUGACGUGUCCACCCACAAACAUCCCUUCCUUCUCCCCUUCUUAGUCUUCACGCUUGACACCAAAAAUCUACAGCUCCCCCAGGAUUCACACACGAAUCAAAUCGCCAACCCCCUCCAUUUUUAUUUUAUCUGUCAUUUUUUUAAUAUUAAAAAAACAUAGAACAAGAAAAAAAGAAAAGAUCAGACAAUUUCCUUUGUGUUGUGUUGUGAGAAGAACUGAAACAAGGCACAAAAAGCCAACCGGCUUGCCGGAAUGUCGACGGAAGUUAAAGAUCCGGCGAUCAAGCUGUUCGGAAAGACGAUUUGUCUGCUUCGCCAUGACACCCUCUCCUGUUCUAUUGCGGCUGAUCAACCUGCCAAGCGCAGCCGCUCCUCGAUCACGACAGCUUCGCAUGACUACAAGAACACAUCCGGCGAAGUUUCAGAGAGUAAACAGGACGAUGAAUGUAGGAAUCUGAGUGGCGAAGAUUCUGUCGGAGCAGAAACGACGUCGUCGCGUAUGAGCGAUGACGACAAGGCGGCACAGAAUCCGGAGAAACAAACACAAUGUGCAGCGAAGAAGGACGAUGAAAGCGAGACAAGUGAUUCGCAGGAACAGAAGAACCUUAAAAAGCCCGACAAAAUACUGCCAUGUCCGCGGUGUAAUAGCAAGGACACCAAGUUCUGUUACUACAACAACUACAACGUCAACCAGCCGCGUCACUUCUGCAAAAACUGUCAGAGAUACUGGACCGCCGGAGGAUCCAUGAGGAACGUGCCGGUGGGUUCCGGCCGCCGCAAGAACAAAGCUUCGGCCUCUAAUUUCCGUCACAUAAUGGUUUCGGACGCCCUCCACGCCGCCCAGUUUGACGUGAAACCAAACGGAACUGUCCUCGCGUUUGGCUCCGACAACAGGGCAGUUAAUGAAUCUGUUAUGAAUCUCGUCGAGAAAUCCCACCAAAGAAUUCCGGCCUGGAAUGCUACUCAUCAAUGGAGGUCUCCGGUACAACCUCCGAUGGCGUUGUACGGCGUGUUGGCCCCCUGGAGCGGGCGGUGGAUCUCCCCUGAUCAAUCAACUCCAACUUCUCUUAAAAUGGAGGAUGAAAAAGAAGCGGUGAAGAGCUCAAUCUGGUCUACAUUCAAGGCGUUUAACUCAAAGGAUGGUGAGAGAGAGAGAGACAGAAACCAUUCUCUGGUUCUGCAAGCAAACCCAGCAGCCCUGUCUCGCUCCCUCAACUUCCAAGAGAGAACAUAAGAUACACCAUCUCGAUCUCAUCCAUCUGGAAUUACCAGCUUCGAUCUUGUUCAUGUUUAUAGUAUGCAUCAACAUUAAUAGAUUAUAUGUAUUAAUGCCACUGUGUUUGGUACAUAACAUAUAUAUGUUAUCCAUUUAUAAUAGGUGAUAUAU